AUGGCGCCGGCUUGUGACCCCGUGGCCGCCAUCCUGGCAGCGCCGCACGCUUUCGCGCGCCUGGAGCUGCCCUUGGCGCCCGUGGAGGUGGCCACGGUGCGGAGCCACUACCGACGUCUGGCAUUAGCUGUCCACCCAGACAAGUGCAAGGAUGCGAAAGCCAAAGAAGCUUUCCAAGCCUUGAGCGAGGCCUUUGAACAAUUGUCCUCAGAUGCCGGGCAGGCGCAGCUGCUACGCGCCGCCGGCGCGACGCGGUCUUCGCGAUGCCGGACGGCCACGGCACCGCAGGACGACACCAAGGCGCACUGGUGGGACACGAACACUUGGGAGGAGUUUGAACAACGGCUGCGGCACCGUGAGAGAGCAGAAGCCGCCUUGAACAAGCAGUACUGCGGCAACCUGCGUGUGAAGUUCACCACUCGCAAGGUCCGCGGCUACGUCUUCGCGGCGGAACGCUCGGUGGAACACCUGGACCGACAGAAGGGUCUGCCCGAGAGCUUGCUGUGGCCCCCCGAGUCCACCCAAGCAGCGAGGGACCUGGAGGAAGAAGUGAACCGUGCGCGGCAGACGGAGCUCUAUCCGGGACAGGCCAAUGAGAUGUUACCGGACUAUCGCGAAAGGCUGGAACUGAAUGACCCUGGCUUGGCCCUACAGCGGUUGUUGGAAUUGAUGACACAUUUGCGGACAGUUCACCUUUACUGUCUCUACUGCGGUUGCACCUACGACUCCGGCGAGGACAUGGAGAGGAACUGCCCGGGCGUCACGGAGGAGGAGCACGACGAAGCCAAGUCCAUGGGGCUCAGGGAUUCGGCGACGAGUACAGGGGCAGAAGCGCCGGAAGAGCAACCAGGUGAAGAUCCACUGGAGACAUUUAUGGCGUCCAUAGAUGCGGAGCUGCAGGGGCAGAAGAAGCGGAAGAAGCAUCGAUGA